CAGCACCGUACAUACCCCACAGAAGUUACGCAUAAUGUGUAGCAAGUGGGCGCAAUACGUUUUCUGAAUCCGGUUCCGGAGUGCCGACGACACCGAUGCCUGUGCCCACAGACUGAUCACAGGGCUUUUACCCGAACAGCACUGAAUGGUAGCAGCUGAGAGACGGGUGCGGAGCGAGGGUUGCCAAACCCGGAGGAUUUCUCACGGCUCACGGACUAGAAUGCUCUUCUAUGUGUAUCCCCAUAAACGGAUGACAACCUCCAAACAAACGUAUACUGAAAACUUUCAGCUCUACAUUUGACGCGGGGGUGUUAUUGAGAUUUUUUUAAACCCAGGUCCAACAACAGACAUCAUGCAGGUGCAAACUGUGGGCUAACGUUCCUGAAAUGACUUGCUCGGCGCUGACGCGUUGCAUUGUGCCAUGCCAACCCUGCAUUGUCAGAUGCCAUUUUACUCUGCGUUAUCCCAGCGUCUGGAAUUCCAACAUAACUGGGCCUGUUGUGUAAUUAGAAGUUCGUGAGGCUGUAGCAAACAAGCUGGUGCAAUGAGAAGCUACGCUGUCCAAGACAUGGUGCGCAAUUUGUGCUGAAGCGUAUGGGUCCUGCGUACUCAAGCUCCCGGCUUCCACUUGGAGAGGUGUGCUGCGGGGCUACAGUGCACUGGCUGUCGGCUUCACAUCUGGACCGCUUGGCUACUGUCAUCUGCGGCCUGUUCGGACUGUGCACUCCCUGAACUUGUAUGUUUACAGGGAACUGACUGAGAUCACAUCGGAUGGUGUCGUGUUAGGUGAAUAUUUGUCUGGAACUUGACGUUACCGGUGAUCCACUAGAACACCGUGGUCCAAAGCUGGACUGGCUAAAUAAUUACUCAUGGAAAAAACGCUUAUCCAGCUAUGGAAUUUGCGUAGCGAAGUCACGCAUUUUUAAAGGCAGCGCUAGGGUGACAUUGCAGUCUUCUCACCACAUCGGUUAUUUCGUCGUCCGACAAAAAAAUAAAAGAGUGAAAGUGGAGUAUUGUCCGUCAUACGUAUCAACGCAGUGGGAUUUCUACGUCUGGUCGGCGUUCCCCCCCACCCUUCCCGCGGUGACGGUUAUGGGUCGGAAGCGGUGUGUCGGUGCAGAUUGUUCCAAGAUGGCGGCCGGGUGCUGCGGGGUGAAGAAGCAGAAACUGUCGGGAUCGCCCGGGUCGGGGGGUCCCGGCGGGGUGGGGGCGGGAAGCGGGAUGGCAGGAACCGGACAUUGUGGCUCGGAGUUGGGGAUUGGCUCCUCCGCGACCGUUGCAGCAGCGGCGAACGUUAGCAGAGCCAACGGCCUGGGGGGACCCGGGGGUAACGUUAGCGGCAGCAGUAGUAGUAGUGGUAGCAGCGGCACAAACGCUCUGUCCCCAGCCCCGGCCGGUUACACUUCAUCCGGCCUCUCCCCGAAUCUCAGCUCGGGACCUGGUUCGGGAAGUGGAGGCAGAAAAAUGGUCGUCUCAGCGGAGAUGUGCUGCUUCUGUUUUGACGUGCUUUAUUGCCAUCUGUACGGAUACCAACCUCCGAGAACACCCAGGUUUACAAAUGAUCCCUACUUACAUGUUGUCAGCAUUUAGUAAAAACAGCAAGUCUUCUCCUCCAAAUGGAGGGUCACAUGCUGAGAGCGGUGCACAAAGGUAUCUGCUUCAUUGACCACCAACACUGACUGAUGGACCACUCAGACCAACGAGCGCUGCUGCAGGUACGUUAGCAUAACUAGUCAGAUAAUUUAGCUAGGUAACGUUAGUUGAAUGUAAUGGUUGUAUAACGUGAUACGGUCACUUUAAUUGGUCGGGUAAUAUUCAUUGAAAUCUGUGUAAUGUUUGAUAGUGAAGGUAGUAUAAGCUACUUGAAUUUUUUAGAUAUACUAAGCUAAAGCAACAACUGAAAUGUCAGAGUACAAUUCAAUAGUCAUAACUAGCUAGCAAACAUGUUAUCUUGUUAAUACAUCUUACCCAUUGUGCUACCAAAUGGUGAACACUAGGAAUCUUUUCUUUUCUUCAUCAACCUUUGCCCAUGUUGAUCCCUCAUUUAAGGACAACACCAGAAGACACCAGCCUUUCCUCACUGGCAGAGAAUGGGGGGGGGGUGAUCCAGGAAAGGUAAAAUGAAGCCAAAGGACAGUUACCGUGCUGUGGUUUUCUGAGGAACUGCUGGGUCUGUAAAACAUCUACAGUAGUGGCCAUUAGACACCAUUUUGUUUUUCAUCAGAUUGCCGUAGCUGUAAUGUUUUGUUCCUUUGUAAUUUUUUUGUUUUUAAUUACUGGUACUUCAUUAAAUCUGAACUUUGAAUUUUGGUUUUGCUGCAGCUGUUUAAUAUGUGAAGAAGCUAAAAAUAAAAGUUAAGAUUUGUUCAAAGAG